AUCGCAACUUAAAAAAACAUCUCGCUCGCAGUGAUAUCGAAAAAAAAACCAAACAAUUGGAGACACACACUAGAAAAAACCUUCAGAGUUAAAUAAACCGAGUUAAAAUAAUAAUAAUAAUAAAUAUACUACGAUAUAUAUUUACAUGUAUUAACGAAAAAAAAAAUUAAGAGCAAAAAAAGUUGUUGUUUUUUUAAUUUUAAACAAUUUGUUUACAUUUGUUUUUUAGUGUAGUGUAAACGCAUACUCGCAUUCGCACACUCAGACAUAAGAGCAACAACACAAGUUUAAACUUCGAAAAUACAAAAACAGUAACGAAUAUUUGAAUUUUGUUGAACUCAACUUGCGAAGUUAAAUUUAGUAUUUGAAUUUAAUACCGUUUUGCUACGUUUUCGAGUUGGUCGUGUUUUUACAACUUGCUCUUCAAAAAAAAAAUAAAAAUUCCAAACUGUUCCGUGUUCGAAAAACAAAUAAUUUUAAAAAGUAUUUAAAGAAAAGUUUAAAAGAAAUUUUAAUAAAAAAAACAACAAAAGUGUAAUAAAAUUUCCUAAACAAGUUUUAUAAAAAAAUUUUAAUAAAUUAAAAACAAAAACAUAAAUAUUUUUUAAUAAUAAUAUUUUUUUUUAAGAAAUAUAAACAAACGGAAAUGUAAAUCACUCGCCCCCCUUAAAUUACUUGAUAUUAAAAAUUAAAACUUAUUAAUAUAAAGGAAAUUUUUAAUAAUAAAAAAAAUUAAAACAAAAUAUAAAAUUAAUAGUAAAAGUGUUAAAUAUUAAUUAAUUAAAACUAUUUAAAACUAAUAAAAAUAAUAAUUAAACCAAAAAUUACUAAUUUAUUUUAAACAACUCUAAAGCUGUUAAGGAACACAUCUUAUAACUAACAAAAAAAAUAAUUUAUUUAAGAAUAAUAGCAAUUUAUUGUAAAUAAAACCAAAAAGAAACAACAAAAACACAUACAAAAUGACUGGGUUUACUAAUGGAGGUUUUGAAAAUGAUGAACCUGUUAAGCCAAAAGCUGGUUUCGAGCCAGACACAGCCUCACUCAGAGAGAAAGUUAUACUCAAUCCGGGUGAAAAAUGGCGUAUACUGAAAAAUAUUUCCAUUAUUUCGUUUGCUUUUAUGGUACAAUUUACAGCGUUUCAGGGUACGGCAAAUUUACAGUCGUCAAUUAAUGCCGAAGAUGGUCUGGGUACCGUGUCACUUAGUGCCAUUUAUGCGGCUCUAGUUGUUUCCUGUAUAUUCCUGCCUACUUUAAUUAUUCGUAAAUUAACCGUUAAAUGGACCUUGGUAUUCAGUAUGUUGUGCUAUGCCCCCUACAUUGCCUUCCAAUUGUUCCCUAAAUUUUAUACAUUGGUUCCUGCUGGUAUUCUAGUCGGUUUGGGUGCUGCUCCUAUGUGGGCCUCCAAAGCUACAUAUUUGACUCAAGUCGGUCAAGUUUAUGCCAAAAUAACAGAACAGGCUGUGGAUGCUAUUAUUGUAAGAUUCUUUGGCUUCUUCUUUUUGGCCUGGCAAACAGCUGAAUUGUGGGGAAAUCUUAUCUCCAGUCUUGUGCUCUCUAGUGGUGCUCAUGGUAGCGGUGGUGGUGAUGCCAACAGCACUAUUUCCGAAGAAGAUCUCAAAUACUGUGGUGCCAAUUUCUGCGUUAACGGUGCCAGCGGUCACACCAAUUUGGAACGUCCUCCAGAUCAUGAAAUCUUCGAAAUCUCAAUGAUUUACUUGUCUUGUAUCAUUGCUGCUGUUGCCAUUAUUGCCUUCUUCUUGGAUCCGCUCAAGCGUUAUGGUGAAAAACGUAAAGGCUCUCAAUCGGCUCAGGAAUUAUCCGGCAUGGAACUGUUGUCGGCCACUUUCCGUCAAAUGAAGAAACCCAAUCAACAAUUGCUUAUUCCCAUUACUGUAUUCAUUGGCAUGGAACAGGCUUUCAUCGGUGCUGACUUUACACAGGCCUAUGUAUCCUGUGCCUUGGGUAUCCAUCAAAUUGGUUUCGUUAUGAUUUGCUUUGGUGUCGUCAAUGCCAUCUGUUCGAUAUUGUUCGGUUCAGUGAUGAAAUAUAUUGGUCGUACUCCCAUCAUUGUUUUGGGUGCUGUCGUGCAUUUCACUUUGAUUACCGUAGAAUUGUUCUGGCGUCCUAGUCCCGACAAUCCUUUGAUCUUCUAUGCCAUGUCCGGUCUCUGGGGUGUUGGUGAUGCUGUAUGGCAAACACAAAUCAACGGUUUAUAUGGUCUGCUGUUCAGACGUAACAAGGAAGCUGCCUUCUCCAAUUAUCGUCUCUGGGAAUCGGCUGGCUUUGUGAUCGCUUAUGCUUAUGCCACCACCUUAUGUGCACGCAUGAAACUUUAUAUUCUAUUGGCUGUGUUGACUUUGGGUUGCAUUGGCUAUGUCAUUGUAGAAAUUCUCUACAGAAAGAAGCAACGUAAAAUCAAGAAGCAAGAAAAGGCUGAAUUGGCUGAAAAGGAGAAAGAAGCUGCUGCUGCUAAAGCUGCUGCCGAGGCUAAUGUCAAUGGCACCCCAGAAGUUGAAGAAACCGAUGAUGAAUUGGAUGAUCUCGAAGAAGAUAUUGUAGUCACACAUUUCUAAACAAAAAACAUUUCAUUAAAAAACACAACUAAACAAACAAACUAACAAUUUUAUUGUUGAAAAAAGCUGUUUAAAGCUUUUGUUAUAACAAACUAAAACUUAUAACUUAGUAACAACAUAAAAGCUUUCCUAGGCUUUAAGCUUGAUUCUUACUAAAGUUGUAUUAAGAAAAUUUUCAUUACAAUUUUUUGUUUUCUCAUAAAAAUCUAAUGAAAAUUUCUAAAAAGAAAAGUUUCGAAAAUUGUAUAUAAACUAAAAAAAACUCUGUAAGAAACCAGAAACUUUUGUUAAAUAUUACUUAAGAACUAACACGAAUGAAAAAAACAUGUUAAAACAUGAAAGUGUACAAUGGUCUGUCCAUGGGGAAACAAAAAGAAAAAACAUAUUUCCAAAUGUCUCCAGAAACCACAAACACAAAUAACUGUAAUUGUAGUGAAAAUAGUAAAAAAUUCAUGGAAAAAUAAUUGUAUUUUUUUCCAAAACUAUCACACCACUCCACCUCACCCUCCUCUCUCUCUCUCCCACUAUCUCUCUAAUACACUUUCAUUAAGCUCAGACUAUAAAAUGUUUUAGUUUUCUCUUAAAUAUCAUCAUUAUAUGCUCAGUAUUAUGUUAAGUUUUAAGAAAAUUUUAUUUUUUUUAAAUAUUUCUUUUACUUAUUUCUUUGCUUUCGUUCAUUUUUUCAUUACAUUCUUUUCUCUAAUAAUUUUAUUUUUAUUUGUCUCUUUUUACUGUUUUUACUACACUUCGACUCUACUUU